AUGGCAAGUGGCAAUUCUGUGAAGGAUAUGACAAGCAAGUUUGACAAAUUGAACAAGUUUGAAGGGCAAGAUUUUCGUAGAUGGCAGAAGAAGAUGCACUUUCUCCUUACCACUCUGAAAGCGGUAUAUGUUCUGAGUACACCCAUGCCAGUCUUACCAGAAUCUGUUGAAGAUGAACCUUUGGAGGAAACAAGAAGGAGAUCAAAGUGGGAAAAUAAUGAUUACAUAUGCCGUGGUCAUAUUCUCAAUGGUAUGUCUGACUCUCUUUUUGAUAUCUAUCAAAAUUUCGAAUCUGCAAAAGAACUGCCUGUUAUGGAACAAUUCCAUGAAAUGUUAAGGAUCCUGGGACAGUUUGCUCAACACAAUCUGAAAAUGGAUGAAGCCAUUUCUGUGGCUGUGAUUAUUGACAAACUGCCCCCUUCCUGGAAGGAUUUUAAACAGAAUUUGAAACAUAACAAAGAGGAAUUAACUUUGACUCAACUUGGAAGCCAUUUACAGAUUGAAGAGUCCUUAAGGACUCAAGAACUUGAUAACAAUCCCAAAGGCAAGAACCAAGUUGGUUCCUCUUCUGUGAACAUGGUGGAUGGAGAAGGAUCAAAGAAUCAAAAUAAGUCUAAUGGAAAAAAGGAAGUUUAA